AUGCCGGAUCAGAAUCAUCAAACAACCCCCCCUGACCAAGGCGCAAAGCCCACGCAUGCCACACGGACACCACCUGAUAAAUAUAACCUGGCUUAUAACACAGUCUUUGUCAUUGUGGCCAUCUUCUCCACAACGCCUCCGUCAGAAGAGGCGACCUUUCAGGAGUCCAUGUACAGCUGCUUCGCCCUGCCAGAGCAGCGCAAAGAGCCAUGGGUGUUGGGAAUUGGCGUACCUGCGACGUCAGAGCUCUCUAAUCACAGGCAGUGUGAGCCUGCGAGACCAGCCAGGAAACCCAAGCUCACCUGGGUCGCCAAAAGUCGCGGGAAAAAAAAAGGUCCCGGUGCGACUCCGAUGCCGGACCUUGGGAAAAUCCUGAGGAAGGAGAGGGUCGCCUCUAAAUGGACCGAGCAGCCGGGAAGUUGGUUCGUCCCAUCCAAGAGGCUACAAAAGCUGGUCACGAGGAACGCGGUGAGGGCGGAGCUGCUGAAACCUGGCACGGAGACUACAACUACAACUCUGAAAGAAAUACUCGACGCGGUUUGUGGGACCCCAAGAAAACCGCAGAGCGCCUCCGCCCGGCGGCUCUUUGCCAUCCUCACCCUGAUCAACCAGGCGAAAGUGAUCGGCGCCGUCAUAGACGAGGGCGUCACCGACGGCCACCUCCCGCUCGUACACACCUCGGGUAACCAUAGGGCCGGGAAACUAUCGCUAUGUAGAAGAGUGCCACUGCAAAAGGAACCGGACGCGUGCACAAGUCUUGCCGGCCUCGCGCCACACGUCCAGGAGGGGUUUGUGAAUAGCCAGAAGACCAUUGACGUGCCCACGUUUCGGCUGGGUCCCGCCGGCACGCUGCCAAUAGUAAUACAGCACCUGGAACUGGACUGGAGCACAACGCUGCCGUUUGUCCACCACAAGAGCAUGGUGGGAAAAGACGUGCAAUGUUUUGCAGACUCGUGGCGGUCCGGCAAUGGGGCUGCGGACCAUUCGGGAGCGUCGUCGGGCACACGAACAGGGGGCUUCAGCGAGGUUUGCAAGAUCAAGAUACAUUCUCAGCAGUACAACAGGGAGGAUUUUCCGGACUUGACUAACUCGGAGCCUCGUCCCCCCCUCCCGCCGCUUGGUACUCAGACGUCAAAGGGCGGCAAGGGCUUCUUCGCCUUGAAGAUACUAAAGCAAAACACGACCCGAGAGAUGUUCGACCGGGAAAGGACGACUCUCGAGCGCCUCAUGGCGUAUCCCCAAGCAAACAUCGUCCGCCUCCUGGGGACAAUGGAGCGUCACAACUCCAACGAAGACCUGCCCACCUACUACUUGAUCUUCCCCUGGGCCGACUCCAACCUGGAAGAUUUCAUGGUCGCCAAGCACCCAGUCGACGGAAAGCCGAGCAGGGGCGCGGCCCUGACGCUGUGGGUGGCCAGGCAGGCGCUCGGGCUCGCCCGCGCCCUGGAACUGCUCCACCACUGCAGUGCGGUGGGUCGCGACGGACGCCAAGCCAGCAAGCCGUUCGGCCGGCACGGCGACAUCAAGCCGUCAAACAUACUCUGGUACUGCGGGGCGCAACGAGGCGACCGUGACGACGACGCCGGCAUGGGCACGCUCAAGCUUGCCGACUUUGGCGCCGCAGAGUUUCAUUCGGAGCACACCAUGGAGACCCCGGCCAACCAGGCGAUUAAUACGCCCUCGCACCGAGCGCCCGAAUACGAAACUGGCAAGCCCAUCUCGCCGAGCGUCGACGUGUGGUCGCUCGGCGCCGUCCUGCUGGAGCUCGUGGUCUGGUACAUGGGCGGUAAGGCAGCGUGGGUUGGCUUUCGGGGAGCGCGGCUGGAUGAGACGGACGCCAUGUGCGCGGUGCACGACAAGAUGGUCAAAAACGACAGCUACUACAAGCUGUUGAGGCAAAAUGAAAAUGGCCAUGUCGUGGGCGCUGAUGUCAAGGAAUCUGUGCAUAGUGUGCAUGAAAUGCUCGUCGUGGCAGCCGACAAGCGCAUAUCAUCCGAGGAUCUCGUCCGCAAGUUGGAGACCCUCGUCGAAAACUGUGAAACGGCAGGCAGGCCGUUGGACUCCGGGAGAAAAAGAAAAAGAAAAAGGACCAGUGACGACAUGAAUGGAGUUGAGCCCCGGAGGUCAAAGCGUAUUAUGCUAAUGAAGGCCGCUGCAUGA